UGAAACUUUUAUAACGAUUACUGAAUAUCUUCGUUUUCACUAAAUCCUUAAACACUUUGCUGACAAUAAAAUGCAUCUAGAAAAACCAAUUUUGACGCAUCUUAAUCAUGUGUUUUGGUUGCAAGUCCAACCUUCCCCUGAGACAGUUAUCAAAUCACUUCUUUCCAACUAACACCCCAAAACACCAUCGCCAGCAUUAAAAAGAGGGAACUGGAGUUUUAACAACCUCAUUUGGGGUGUAGAUAUAUGUGCCUCCCCAACACAAUUAAAUAUAUAAUGAUUCAAACCCAUUCCGAUUUCCCUCUUUUUAAUUAUGCAUAGUAGUAGUAAUUUAUUUCUUGAUUAUGAUGAAAAAGAAACUUUGGGAAAAGUGCUGUAGAAAAGGAAGUUUCCCAGGAACUUUGCGGGCUAUGGCCAUGCCUGACCACUAUAAAAGCUUGGUUUGGGAUCUUGGAAGGAACCAAGUUCCCAUAAACCAAAUAAAGUAAAAAAUAUAUACCAUCUUUGUUUCCCGUCUUGGUUGGAAAUGGCCGGCAGCACCAAGACAACAGCACUCUUUCUUGCCCUUCUUUGCCUUGUCCUGCUAUCUGAGGUGGGAAUGCUCAUGGCUCAAAUUCAAACACCAACAUCCCCAUCCCCAGGCCCUCAGGUUCCAGACGAAUGCCCAACAAAGUGUGCGAAAAGAUGCAGCAACUCAUGGAAGCCAAAGAUGUGCAACAAAACAUGCGUUGCCUGCUGCCAUAGGUGCCCUGAUCACUGUGUACCUGAUGGUCCUAAAGCUAGCAGAGAUUCCUGCAAGUGCUACUCCCAGAUCAUGACCCAUGGCAAAUUCAAGUGCCCUUAAACCUUUUUUACUUGAGAGAGAAAAAAAAAAAAAAAAAAAGAAAAUGUUUAUGUUUUGUGGUUUCGUUGCCACAUGUAAUAAAUAGGUUGGUGUAGGAUUUUGUUAUCCUUUUACUUCAAAAAUAAUAUUA